AUGAGGGACAGGAAUGUCUGGUGCAUUCUCUGCCAGGCACUUCGUCGCACCCUCACUUACACUACAACUCUUCAGCAAGUGAUGGAGACGGUGAGCUACUUGGAUGAGACUGCAGUCUCAUCUGUGAGGCAGAAGUUUUGCCUCUUUCGGGAACAGCGCAAACUGAAUGAUCUGCGAAUCACAGUAAGUAAGCACUUCGACGUGCUACUGGAGAGGAUUUGCCAGGGCGGUGUGAGUGCGGUAACCAAGUUACAAGCGCUUUCUAAAUGGCUGUAUGGAGAACGCAAGGGGCGUGAUGUGGCGGAAAGGGCGGAGGCAUUUACAAAGAUGCUUUCUAGUCAUCCACCACGUUGCAAGGAGGUGCUUAUCAUCACCGGGAUGGAAAUAACCGCAGGAGCGUGGAUUUUGAAGUCUGCGCCACAGUUGCAACCGGACGAAUCGUUUAGUGCUGAAGUUCCAGGCCAUAAUGUAUCGACUGUACUGAGUAGCAAGUAUUAUGCCCUUGAUAAUUGGAAUGAAGAAAGUCUUUUUGGUCAGUGGAUUACCGAAAUCGCUGCAUUACCAAAUUCCCCUUCAAAGGGCAGCAACGCUGUUGGUAUUCUUUUGCUGCGAGAAAUGAAUCAAUCUUCAUUUUUGGCGGCAUCUCAAAUGGUGAAUGUGUUCCUACUUGCGAAAAAUUGGACACCACCACCGGCGAAUAUGCCAUCAGCGCGUCAGUGUACUUCGGCCUUAAAUAUCCCACACAUCGGAAUCGUCGUUGUUGGUGGAUGGAAUGGUGCUGAAAUGUUGGUAGAAGAUCCCUCGGGUGAGGGCGGAUGGCGAUGGAUUGAGCUCAACCCGAUGUUAGAGGCACUCUCCCGUCCAGGAAUCGCCUACUUCAAUGGAUGCGUGGUGGUUGAUGGAGGCCAACUGGAGCAACAGCAGAUCACCGUUGAAUGCCUUCCCCUGACGUCAGUUGAACAACCCACGGCUCCUCAGUGGACUCGCCUUCAUGGAGUUGAUAAGCGGUGUCUGGAUUACACAUCGCUUGUCACAUUCAGCAACAGAUUGAUAAUGUUAACAGAUGCCCAAGCACGCCUGCUGAUUGCAUUUCGCAUGUGGGACGUGGGCAAGUACCCGCUACUCUCGUCUACCUCUCUACACGCCUGCUGUCGCCGUCUACCUACCGACCGACCUAUCUGCCCAUUUAUAAAUCCACUGGCCAUCUAUUCUCUUCCACCUCUUGUUUCACUCUUCUUCUGUGCCUCUACAUCCAUCCAUCCAUCCAUCCAUCCAUCCACCCACCCGUCCGCCCACUCAUCCAACCACCCAUCCAUCCACGCAUCCAUCCAUCCAUCGGUGGUAAAGUUGUUUGCAGCUCAGCGCUCUGCGCUCCUAACCGAGCAGCCAACCGGCGGGCAGCGUGGUCAUCUUAUUGGUCCAUUGACUAGCGCGGAUGAGUCACAUCAACAAGGUGCGCGCACGCUCGCUCGCUGA